AAGACGUGGCGGGCACACGCUCCAGGCACGCGGGGUGUGAGCUGGGCCAGGCGGGCGGGGGUUGGCCUGGCCCCAGGCACAGGGCAGGAGUGGGCUCUGUGGGUGUUUGGAGAGCAGGCUGAAGCUGUGUCUCUCGCCAGGCUGGUGGCGUCAAGGAUCCCCCACGACACAUGCACACCUCGGGGAAGGGGGUGCUUGGCCCCCUCACGGAAGGCAGUGCUCUCACCCCAGCCCUGGCUGGUCUGGGCCCCCUCCUUGGGCCCCCCACUCUCCUGGGCAACUCUGGGGCUCUCCAAGCGAGCCUCAGGCCUGUGGGGCAGGGUCCGAGCGGGAGGCCUCUUUGCCACUUACGGGGCCGGACUCCCUCCGCAGGCAUGGAGUUUGUGACCGGCUACCGGGCGGAGAUUCUGGACUUUGCGGAGCUUCUGUUCGGGUGGUAUCAGCGGUUCCUUCUGGACGCGGCCUGCCGCCGCGGGAGUGAGCGGCGAAAAAGGCAAGAGGGCUCCAUCCGCCGCCUGCCGCCUGACCCGGCCCUGUGGGUCUUGCACGUGCUGCCCAACCGCAACCUGGCCUUCACGGUUGCCGACCCGGGCCAGCAGGUGGGCGGCCGCCUCUACAGCGAGGAGGCCCUGGCUCUGCAGGAUCUGGACCGCUUCAUCACCUUCGUGGGGGCAGGUGAGGAGGAGGAGGAGGAGGAGGAGGAAGAUGCCGCGGCAACGGAGACAGGGCAGCCACUGUGGCGCGUUGAGCACCUCCUGCUGGUGACAGACGAAUACGGCACCAUUCUGGGCUUUGACUUCCAGCUGGGGGGCUCCUUGGGGAUGGCUGGACAGGAGCCCCUGGAGCCCCGGGCCAUUGCCCUGCUCUGCUAUAGCAUGUUCUGCCCACUCGGGGCCGGGGAGCCCCGCCGGCCGAAGCUGCUGACUGUGGGAGACCCUGCGUUGCACAAGUCACUGGAGCCACUGCUCGCUCGCCUAGGCGUGAAAAUGAGCAAGGGCCCGAUGCGGGGCUGGGGCCCAAAGCCAGCCUUCACCUUCCCGACCACACGGGUGCGAGCGUGCCACGUGUGCAAGCGGCACAGUUUUGAGGGCCAAAUCACAGCAUGCCAGCACUGCCGCGCCGUCUUCUAUUGCUCGGAGCGGUGCCGGAAGCUGGACUGGAGCCGCAGCCCCGAGGACAUCGGGCACCAGUUUUGGUGCCAGCGCAUGGCUGGGUACAUGAGCCACGCCAGGGAGCUCGCCAACCUUCCCUUCACCUUUGCCUCUGAGGCGACCAGCGAGAAUUUCAACAAGGAGGGCUUCCUCGUUGCCCGAGGGCUGACUCGCGGGUACUGGGCCGGAGAGAGCAUGCUGGUGAGAGCCCCCGACUAUGGCGUGGGGUUGCAGAACAGCUCUGCUGAGAAUCCCGUGCCCUUCCUCCAAAGUGGAAACCCCUUUGAGGCACUGAGGCCAGAAGGAGGGACAGCGCUCCCCUCAGCGCCCCCAGAGCCCCCAGCGCCCCGGACCUUCUUUGGAACAGCAAGUGUUGGAAUCCUGGCGGCGCCUGUUUCUUGGCCUGGCCUACCUCAAAGGGCUGGCGGCAGCAAGAGAAGGGGGAUAGGUCCUCCGGGGCAAAUAGCCUUGAGACCAGGCCCUCAGGAGCCUCGGGUGGCAACGGGCAUGGGGCCGGAGCCGUCUGCUGUGACAGGCUCAGUGCUGGGGGGAAGUGAGCAGACUGUUUCUGCUGCCAUGGCGGGAAGGGGUCCCUGGGGACGGGCAGAGAGCGAGGGGGCAAGUGCAGUGCUGAUCUGGAGCAGCCCUGCUGAAGAGCUUCUGGCUGUGCUGCCUGGGAACGAUGGGAGUUGUAGUCCAGGACCGUCGGUGCUCUCUCCGGCACACCCUGCUCACCCCUCCCAAAGGCUGCCGGGCGGGAGGGAGGGCGGCAGCCGGGUACAAGGCCUGAGCGUGACGACCUGUGGCUCGCCUUGCACCCACAGACACCGUUCCGGGGAGCCCGGAGGCCAGACCAGCCACCCUGCCCUUCCUCACUUUUCCCCUCCCCACCCCUCCCCCCUGCAGGAGCUUUCGGUACUGCUGCCCCACGUUUCCCUGGAGCUGCUCUUUGUGGGGGAUACAUUGCCCCCCGAGUUGGACGGCCAGCAGUUCCUUUUGCAGAGGGAUGAAGAGCACGGUGUUUCUGUCCAGCCUGGACUGGCCCCCAGGUCCAAAGGAGGUCGCCGUGAGCUGCAGCUGGGAUUCAGUGCCCGCCCCUACCACCUCCUGCAGGCUCCCAAACCAGACCUGGUGAUUGGGUUCAACUCUGGUUUUGCCCUCAAAGAGACUUGGCUCAGUGUUCUGCCACGACUGCAGUCCCUCCGAGUCCCGGCCUACUUCACCGAAUGCAGCGCAUACAGCUGCGCCGUGGAUGAGGCCACUGUCUCCAUGGCCACAGGGGGCAGUGCCAGUCCUGCCCAGAUCAAUCCCUUCCGUUCACCCUUCCGACAAGCUGGCAUUGACAACGCCAUGCCCUGGUACUCCAACGCCUUCAUUUUCCACCUGAUAUACAAGGCACCAGCCAACAACCACCGGCAGAGCACGGUGCCCCCUCCGCAGUCGCUCCUGGCCAGCGGGAACCCAGACCCGCCUGAGCCAGCCCGUAGCCGGCGCAAGGACAAGAGGCAGAUCCGUGCAGCAGGGCGCCGACGCAAGUGAUGGGGAGGGUGCGGAGGAAAUAAAGCGCCCUGGACACACUGUGACUCUGUGCUGGUUCACACAGCGGCAUGCUGGCUGGCAGCCCCGCAGAUGCCAGUGCCCUUUGUCUGGACCUCCCACACUGGUUCCUCCCUGGUCCCAGCCUGCUCUCUGCCCGAAAGGAGCAGAACCCCGUGUGAAGCGACUCCUCUCCCUGAGGGUGCAGAGCGCUGCCAGCAACUCAGACUUGGCCUGUGCGGCCCUGGGCACCUCAGGGCAUGCUUUCCUCCUGAUUCAGGCCCUUCGUGCCUAGGUCAGGAGCGCUGGAAGAGCGAGCCAGGCAGGCGAGCGGGCAGGCAGGCAGGCACCUAGAUCUGAAGCAACGGGCGCUUGGGGCGUCCAUGGAGCCAGGGCCCCGAGGGGACGGCCGCCUCCUGCCCAGGCCAGCGCGAGCUGCAGCUCCCAUGGCUGAACGGCUGCCUCCCUUGGCCGAUGCUGUGGCAAGGUGGGGCCCAUCUCUUCCAGGCCCCCCCACCUCCUAGGGAUCAAGGCCAGAGGCAGACCGCUUCCUCCCUGCUCCUGCUGCCCUGGAGAGUGGUGGGGCAGGGUCGGAGCCCUUGGGUUGGAGCCCAGAAUAGCUCCCCUGCGUGGGGACCGUGCUGAGCCCCUCUCCUUCGGGCACCUCCCUGCAGGAAGGGGGGGCCUCUUCCUCCCCCCCAGCGCUUGGUCCCUUGCCAGGGGUCAUCCCCAGCCUGCCUGGGAGGCCCAGGGGAGCAAAACGGGGGCCUGCACGGGUCCUCUCCCACAGCACAGAUCCCUGGGGAGCAGAGCCAUGGGGUUCCUGCUUGAAGGAAGACACGCACGGAAUAUGGGGCCCCAGGCAGGUCCUUCAGGGCCAGAGACUUGGCCCAACUGCCUCCCCUUGGCCAAUGUCUCUCCUGGGGGGGAACAGGCCCUUCCCUCCCUCUGUUGGCUGCAGGCAGUGCGGGUUGACCCUCUGCCAGGGUUCACCUCUGGUGGACAGAAAGGAACAUGCCCUCAAGUGAGAAGUGGGGCCAUCUGCUGACAGAGACCCCAAAGCAGGUGAAAGUCUCCCUCUGGCUCAAGAGGGGAGACCCUGGACACUUCUCGCCUCCCCUCCUUGGGCCCACCACAGCCACUGCCUUGAAGGAGAUCCUGGCUAUUGUGCCCAACUAAUGCCCAAACGUGCACGUGCGUGUGCACGCACACACACACACACCCUGGUUCUCUCCAGAGGGCUGCUCAGAAAUGGGGUGGGGGAGGAAUUGUCAGUAAGGGUGGGGGACCUUUGACCAGGUUGCCUUGGGAAGCUGAGAGGGUUUCCAGCAGCAACCGAACAGAGCGGUGGGGGCUGUGGGGGGCAGACUGGCCUAGAAGAUGCUGACCAGGAGAUGCUCCUCCUCAAGAGGAUCAAGUACCUGUGGAGCAGCCUGGUGGCCCUGGGCUCGCUCCCUGGCCAAAGGAAGGGCCAGACCCAGACCCAGACCCCCUCCUCCUCUCCCCAAGCCGCUGAGCAGCAGCUCCCGGUUCUUGAAAGCUGCAGCGCCUGGGUCACCUUGCUGCUUCUUGCCCCUGGACUUGGGCUGGCAUGGAUCUCGGACUGUGCCCUCUGCCCUGGGCAGAGGAGAUGCCAACUGAUCUCAGGGCGGCAGAGCAAUCCUGCAUCUGGAGGGAGGCGCUGGGGGGGGCUGCUUGUCUCCAGCCCAGGUAGGAGUG